UUAUACAUUCUUAGAUAAGCAAAACUUGUAUGAUAUGGUAUAAAAAUGAGAUGAUUUUAUUCAGCGAAUUAUCAUACUGUUGUAGGGUGACGUAAUUGGAAUUAUUUUAUACUUUGUGUAUUUUUUCAUUUUGUUUUUACACCUUCGUCUCUAACAGAAACGAAUAUGUUCUUGUUAAGAUGACCAGGGACCGGGGUUAUUAUAAUCCUGGUAAUGAUUCCUUCGGAUAUAAUUCUAGACGUAAUAACGACUACUGGUUAGGCCCUAAUAAUUCGGGGAAUAGAAAUGACUCCUAUGGAUACAAAAAUCAGGGACAAUCGAGAAAUUCCACAAACUCCUCAAAAUCAAGAUUUGGAGAUCACAAUAAGGAUAGUACUCCGGUGAUUUGUAAACAUUUCGCUCUAUUAGAUCAAUGUAGAUUCGGUAACAAGUGUUCGUUUUUGCACAGUGUAAAGCGUAUUUUGUAUAUGCAAGAUGUGUUUAAAGGCGGAGUAUACUGCUCGACGAUGAGGAUGACGUCGGACAACGCCAUAGAGUUCUUUGCUUGUGGGCACGGACCUACAAUUAAACGCUUCAAGUUCCACAGCAAUAACGCAAACGAGAUUCAAACCACAACAUACCCUAACAUAACUAUUCAGAUGCCAUCAGGGCAUGGCAACCAGAAUAAUGCAGUUAGGAACAGAGUUAAAGGCCCUGUCACUGACCAGGCAAUUCACAGCUUAUUGUUUAUGGACGAUUGCCUGUUUGCAGGUUUGAGGACAGGUCACAUUUGCGUCCAUCAUCUUCCCAGUGGCACCUUUACAAUGCUUGAAGGUCACGACGCUUCUGUAAGUUCCAUUAUCGUAAUCGAGGGUAUUGUUCUUUCUUCCUGUGAAAAUGGCAAAAUUAACCUUUGGAGGUUCGACUCUGGUGCCUUCACCUGCGUCAACUCCCUCCUUACUAAUUCUAAAAUCAAUUCACUUUUGGAGGUCAAUUGCGAUGUCUCGUCGGCGACAUCUAAUCAGCCAAGGCUUCUCUGGGCUGGUGGUUCUGUCAUUAACAUUAUCGAUCUUGCUUCCCUAACUGUUGUCAAAACCAUUCAACUCCCUUCCAACGUUGUGGUCAAGUGCUUUAAGAGAUACGGAGGACAUGUGAUUGUUGGAUUUUCCAAUGGUUAUGUAAAAGUGUUUACUCCUCUUGGGGAUGAGGUGUAUAUGUCAUCGAAUGAAAGUGGUAGCAUCACUGCUAUGGACGGAAUGCAAACUGCUGAGGGUGAUCUCCUUCUGAUCGGAAGUCGUUCCGGGGAACUUACUGUUGUCCAGCUUCCCUCCUUCAAUCUUCAGUACGUUUUAAUGUGUCACAUUGACGGGCACAAAAAAUCUGGAAUUAGUAAAAUCGCUCCCAUUGGGGCUCAACACUUCCUCACCACUGGUUAUGAUGGAAACGUAUCAUUCUUCAUGUGGAAAAACCUUAUUUAAUCUUGUGUUUAACUCCUUGUAAAUAAUCUUCUCAAACACUA